AUGCCCUCCUGGCUCUUGGGCAUGGGUGGAUUUGUGUUAAUUAUCCGGAGGGCAGCGGAGGGCAGCGAGGCCAACGGAAGAGCUUUUGAGCAUGGAGAGGCGUCUUGGCUCUGGAGAAAGCUGCGUGGCAAAAGGCGGCUGGUGAUGGCAUUCUGCCUCCUGAUGACUCUGUCUGCGGUGGCUGUCACUCGCUUCCCCCCACAGCAUCCUGCUACUGGCCCAGACCCUGGUCCCAUGGAGCCCCAGGAGGUAACGGGUGCCCUUGGCCCCCACAGCCAGCAGGCUCUGAGCUCCAGCUGGAGGCAGCGGGCAAGAGACCUAGGGCUCUGGAGAGGCUGGGCCUUGCCUAGCCCCAUGUGUGCUGGGGAGCAAGGCCACAGAGGGCCAGUGGACAGAAGCAGGAAGUCCCUGGGAGGGGACAGCAGGCGUCCAGGGAGGGUCAGGAGGGACAUUACUUUGGCAUCUCUAGGAGAUUUGAGACUCAGUACCCGGCGUCUUGUGCUCCUGGGGGAGGAUGAAGUUAGGAGUCCAGGAGCCAAAGACUUGGGUCCCCCCUGGCAUGAUGGUCUCAUCAGAGAGGCACAGAAUGAAACUGGCACCCUGGUUGGCCCCCUCACAGGACAUGGCAUGACGGCUUUACAGGCUUGGAAAGCUACCGCUGGACCGACCCUCCGGUCCCACCCAGCAGAAGGCAGGAAUCUUCCAGGAUUGACUGGUGGGCGACAAACAGGGCAUCCCACACCAUCUGCAGGGGCUCGUCGGUGGCCUGGCUCUGUUGGGAAGCUGCAAGGAUCUGUCUGGUGUGAGGCUGAGACCCCUGGUCUGUUGACCGGCUUGAGGACCAGUAGGCAGGCUCCCCCGUGGCUCACAGAGCAUGAUGUGCAAAUGCUCCGGCUGUUGGCCCAGGGGGAGGUGGUGGGCAAAGCCAGGGUGCCUGGCCAUGGGCAGGUGCUGCAGGUUGGCUUCUCCAAUGCGGGUGCCUCUCGGGACAUGUCUUCUGGGCUCAGCCAUCUCUGCUCCCAGGGGCUCUGCGGCCUGAUCAAGAGGCCUGGGGACCUGCUGGAGGUCCUGGCCUUCCACGUGGACCGUGUGCUGGGGCUGCACCGGAGCCUACCUGCUGUGGCCCGGAACUUCCGGAGCUCCCUGCUGCCCUACCGAUACACAGAUGGCAGCACAAGGCCCGUCAUCUGGUGGGCGCCCGAUGUGCAGCACCUGGGUGACCCAGACGAUGACCAGAACUCUCUGUCCUUGGGCUGGCUCCAGUACCAGGCCUUGUUGGCACGUGGCUGCAGCUGGCCAAGCCAGGCCCCCUGCCUGGGCCUCCACCACGCCGAGUGGGCACGCCUGGCACUCUUCGACUUCCUGCUGCAGGUCCAUGACCGCCUGGACCGCUACUGCUGCGGCUUUGAGCCCGAGCCGUCAGACCCCUGCGUGGAAGAGGGGCUCCGGGAGAAAUGCCAGAACCCGGGCGAGCUGCGACUGGUCCACAUCCUGGUCCGGAGCAGUGAUCCAUCCCAUCUGGUCUACAUCGAUAACGCCGGCAACCUUCAACACCCCGAGGACAAGCUGAACUUUCGGCUGCUGGAGGGCAUAGAUGGGUUUCCUGAGUCUGUCGUGAAGGUUCUUGCAUCAGGGUGUCUACAGAAUAUGCUGCUCAAGUCACUGCAGAUGGACCCAGUGUUCUGGCAAAGCCAAGGCGGGAGACUGGGACUGACGCAGGUUCUCCAGACCCUGGAGCGGCGAGGACAGGUGCUGCUGGAACACAUCCGGAAGCACAACCUGACACUCUUCCAGGAUGAGGACUCAUGA